AUGGUCGGAUUUGCUUCAUUAACUUCUCGUGGUUCUGAAGGUUAUCGCGCCUUGACUGUCCCCGAAUUGACUCAACAAAUUUUUGAUGCCAAGAACAUGAUGGCGGCUUCGGAUCCCAGACACGGUCGUUAUUUGACUGUUUCUGCCAUUUUCCGAGGUCGAUGCUCAAUGAAGGAAGUUGAAGAUCAAAUGUUGGCUGUCCAAACAAAGAACAGCUCAUACUUUGUUGAAUGGAUUCCUAAUAAUGUUAAGACUGCCGUGUGUGAUAUUCCACCACGAGGUCUUAAAAUGUCUGUUACUUUUAUUGGUAACUCUACUUCUAUUCAAGAAUUAUUCAAACGUAUCAACGACCAAUUCACCGCUAUGUUUCGACGUAAAGCUUUCUUACAUUGGUAUACUGGUGAGGGUAUGGAUGAAAUGGAAUUCACAGAAGCAGAAUCUAAUAUGAACGAUCUGGUAUCCGAGUAUGUAUAA